CCGGGGCGGGGGGCGCGGGGGGCGCGGGCGGCGGGCGCAGCAUGGCGCGGCGGCACUGAGCGAGCGGCGGCCUCCCGGCCCGGCCUUUGUCUCUCCGCUGUCCCCGGGGCGGAGCAGCCCGCGGCGGGGCCCGGGGCUGAGCCCGUAGGUGCGGCGGCAGCACCGGGGGCUCGGCACCGGGCGGCGGCGGCGGCGCCGCGGGGCUCGGAGGAACUUGGCCGAAGUUGGGCGCGGGAGGAGGUGCUGGUGGUGGUGGUGGUGGGGGGGGAAGGUUCCCGGUACCGGGGCGAUCCCGGGGCGCCGCGGGAACCGGGCCGGUCCCCGCCGCCCCAGCGCGGGAUGCGGCUGCCCCGGCGCCGCCGCACCGCGGCCGCCCCCGAGUCCCCCCGCUGACGGCGCCCGGGGCCGCGGGCGAUGGUGAGGGCUGGGCGCCCGCCCGCCGCCGCCGCCGCCCGCCGCCCGCCCGCCGUCCCCGGCCGGCCCCAGGGCCCCGCCGCCCCCUGAAGCGGCCGGAGCCGCGCCCGCCGCCCGCCGGGACGAUGGUGCGCUGCGGGGCGGCCGCGCUGCUCGCCGCGCUGCUCGGCGUCUGCGUCUGGACCGACGAGACCGGGAAAGUUAUCUCGGACCGGUUCGCCGUCUACUGGAACCGGAGCAAUCCCAGGUUCCACCGCGGGGACUACACGGUGGAGGUGAGCAUCAACGACUACCUGGACAUCUACUGCCCGCACUACGAGGAGCCGCUGCCGGAGCGCAUGGAGAGGUACAUCCUCUACAUGGUCAACUACGAGGGCCACGCGUCCUGCGACCACCGGCAGCGCGGCUUCAAGCGCUGGGAGUGCAACCGGCCCGACUCCCCCAACGGGCCCCUCAAGUUCUCCGAGAAGUUCCAGCUCUUCACCCCCUUCUCGCUGGGCUUCGAGUUCCGGCCCGGCCACGAGUACUACUACAUCUCCGCGUCCCCCCCGAACACGGUGGACAGGCCCUGCCUGAAGCUGAAGGUUUAUGUUCGGCCAACAAACGAUUCCCUGUACGAGUCCCCGGAGCCCAUUUUCACCAGCAACAACUCCUGCUGCAGCCUCAGGGUGCCGCCGGCGGCGCUGGCGGUGGUGCCGGUGGUCUGGACGCUCCUGCUCUCGUAGCACCGACCCCGACCCACCGGGAGCGGCUCCGGGGACGGAUCCCGCCCGCCCCCGUGGCCUGGAUGGUGCCCAGGGAGGGUCGCUGCUGCCGCCGAGGAUUUUGUCGCCGCCCGCAGUCGCCGCCGUGGCGCGGCUGUCCCGCCGGGAGCGGAGCCGGGCUGUCCCGGGGAGCCGGUCCCGAGUCUCCAUCCCUGCCCUGCAGCUCCGGCUGUCCCGGUGGGGCGUUGCUUUUUACAUUUCUAGACCAAAUACAGAGUCCUCGUCCGUCUGGGUGUUUUUUCCUUCGUUUUUUUUUUUUUUUUUUUUUUUUUUUUUUUUUUUUUUUGUUUGUUUUUUGUUUUUUUUUUUUUGGGUCUGUUUUGCUUUUGCUCGGUUUUUUAAAAGAAAAAAUAUUUUUAUUUUUAUUUGUUGAGUUGCUCCCGUCGGGUCCCCCUGGUGCCAGACUGACCCGCACGGGCCGGGCUCGAGUCCCCGCUGAGCCCUCGUUGUCCCCACCGUGGGCAGAGCCACCGGGAGCACCGGGAGCACCGGACACAGCGAUGGUGCCACCGGCUCCGUGGGCACGGACGCCUUCCCAGCCCGGCCACAGGACGUCACGGGGCCGGAGCCGCCACCCCCGGCCACCCCCUGCCCCGGGCACGGGGGGCCUGGACGGACACAGCCCCCUCUGAGCACCGGGGGGGGUCACCCUGUCCCCUCCGCUCGGGCCGCGGGUGUCACCGCCGUCCCCAUGGGACACCGGGAGCAGCACAGGAAACUGGACAGCAGGCAAGGACAGCACUGGGGACAGCCUGGGGACACUGCGGUGGCCGACGUGGAGAGCACUGGGGGUGCGUGGCCAGCACGGGAGCACCGGGGAUGGCACGGGGAGAGCGGCGAGAGGCCAGCCAGGAGAGCACCGGGCACAACUGGCACGGGGAGCGGCAGGAACGGCCAGCACCGGGAGCGCCGGCGGCACGGAGAGCGCUGGGGACGGCUGGCACUGGCACUGGGAGCGCUGGGAAGGCUGGCACUGGCACGGAGAGCGCUGGGGACGGCUGGCACUGGCACUGGGAGCACUGGGGACGGCUGGCACUGGCACUGGCAGCGCUGGCACGGCCGAUGGCUGGCACUGGGAGCGAUGGGAAGGCUGGCACUGGCACUGGGAAGGGCUGGCACUGGCAGCACUGGGAAUGCUGGCACUGGCACUGGGAAGGGCUGGCACUGGCACUGGGAAGGGCUGGCACGGCCGAUGGCUGGCACUGGGAGCGCAGGAAUGGGCGGCUGGCACGGGGAGCACCGCCGGGCGCUGGCAGCCGGCAGGCCGGGCUCGCCCAGCCGUGGGCAUCGCCCCGAGGGCGUUGGGCCGGGGCAGGAGGAGUGCGUGCCGUGGGUUUUCCUCCUCCGCCCUGCUCCGUGUCCCCCCGAUGCCUUGGGGGGCACAGGAGCCCCCAUGGCGGGGGCAGCGACCGCGUGCAGGACCUUCCUGGCGCUCCCCCAUUGUCCCCCGACAUUCCAGGGCUGGGCUUGGGAAUUUUUCCCUUUUCCUUUGCAUUAAUAAGUGAAAACCACCCCACCCCCCCCUCCAAACCCCCAAUCCGAGGUUGGCCGUGACCCCAGGGCUGGCAGAUCCCCAGGGAGGGGUCACCCCGCAGCCCCGGGGGCUGACCCCUCCUCGCCUUAAAUCUGGGGCUGUCCCACCCUGGGGAGGUCCCGUGCCCACCCCCCAGCAGCCAGGGGUGCUCGGUGGUCCCGGGGGAUGCCAGAGGUGGGCUCAGACCUGGCUGGAGCCCCCCCAUUCCGAGUGGAUCCCGGCCCUUCCUGCAGUGGGGGUCGGGGGGGCUCCAUCCCUGUACAUACAGCGCUAUACUGUGAGCGGUUUUUUUUAUGUAUUGUUGAGAAUGGAUUUUAUGGAAGGGUUUAUCUUAUUUUUAUUUUAUUUUUAUUUUUUAGACUAGGAAGCUGGAAUCUUGCAAUAAGCUCAUCCCGACCAUCCAAAAAAAAAAAAAAAAAGGAGAAAAAAAAAUUUACAAAAAAAAGAAAAAUUACAAAAAAAACCACCCCCCACAUAAUUAAAAGAAAAAAAAAAAAAUUGCAUUCCCUGCCGUCCCUGUCCCUGUCCCGUGUGUCCAGACCAGGUCGUGGUUCCCGAAGGUGACAGAAGCAUUGUGUUUAUGGGGGGGGGGAUGCGGGGGGCACCUGCCAGGCUCUGACGUGGAGCCAGCAGCACCCGCCUGGCCUUCGGUCUGUGUUUUAUAUAUAUAUAGAUUAUAUAUAUAAAUAUCUAUAUUGUGUACAGCGACUGUGGGAGAGUGGAAGGACGGAGGCGGCGGUGGGGGGGGGCUGGGGGUCCCCUGGAGCAGCCCCCCGUGCCCGGGCCGUGGUGGGGGAGGGCUGGGGGUCCCCUGGAGCAGCCCCCCGUGCCCGGGCCGUGGUGGGGGAGGGCUGGGGGUCCCCUGGAGCAGCCCCCCGUGCCCCCCACGCUGUCCCCCCGUGCUGGUCCCGCUCCGUCCUUCGACAUUUCCGCUUUCGUCCUCGACGUCGUGCUGAUGGUAACCGGAUCUCUCACCCCCACCCCCAUUUGGAUUCUGUAUUUUUUUAUAAUAAAAUACAAAUAAAUGUCGUGUGAGGGCCUUGC